AUGGCAGGCUCCAGGGGAAACAGCAUCUUCCCUCAAAACCCCUACCACAUCCCUGGCUACGGGGGCUACGUCCCUCAGUUCACCUUCAGCUUUGGGGACACCUAUGGCAGAACCACCCACGAGCUGCUGACAGAUCCCAGCGUCAGGAAGAGCCCUCGCUCCCUGCUGGCACCACUGGACUACAGGGAAAACCUCCUCCAGUACCAUUACCACAUUGACCACCCAGGUUAUGUCACCUACCAGCCCAUCACGAGCCCUCCCGAGAUCCCCCUGGGGCCGCAGCCCGUGCCCACGGUGCUGGAGGAGCCGGUGCAGACCCCCGUGGAUGCCCAGGCUGGGCAGUGCCCCCCGGCCGUGCCUGGAGCCCAGCAGGGCUGGCAGCUCCCGGGGCUGGCCCCGCACCCCGCGGCCGAGCAGCUGCAGAGGGAGCUGGCCCUGGCACCCCUGGCACGGUUCCUGGGCAAAGGCACUGGGCCGUGCCAGUGCCAAUGUGCAGGGAGCCCGACGCAGCUGGAAACCGGAGGUGUGGCACUGCCAGGAGGGGUUGCAACAGCAGAUUACACCUUGCCAGUGCUGCCAGUCCCCAAUGCCAUCCGACAGAAAGCCACCUUAGGGUACACUGGCUACAUCCCCUGCUCCCUGGACAAUGUUGGCAUGACCUACCUGCUGUCUGUGAAGAAAGCCAUGCAGGAAUUUGACCGUCGCCAGCUUUUGGAGAGAAAUCCACCUUACACGUUGGGCACGAGAUUCCCCCUGACACACUGGCCAGACACCAAAAUUUACAGCCGUGCUGGACUCGUACCCAACUACAUGGGCUUUGUACCACACUUGCAGGACAUCUGUGGGCUCACCUAUGGGGACGGCACGCGGGAAUCGUACCGCUGGGAACAGAGGAGACGGGGACUUGCACUGUGAAAACUGCUUUAAUGGUGCCUGUACAGCAUUGGGAGUGACUCGGAAACAGCAA